AUGUGUGCAAUUUCGGUGAAGAAAGGUCCUAAUUACAGGACUUAUGUCAAGUUGCUUCAUGUCUUAGGCAUGCCAUUUGGUGUAGCCAUGCUAAAGACGAAAAGUACCUUAAUCAGGUACUCUAUGAUAAUAUUAACCCAUGUGAUGGCUAUCGCACACGUGAUCUAUUUCAUCACGGUUAAGGCGAAAAAGAGAUCUUCUAUAACAUCCCAUAAUGUUUUAAAAAUGUUCGAAGGUUUAAGAGCUAUUGCGACACUAAUAAUGGUGAUGAACAGAAAUACAUACAGGAAUAGUCAAGUAAAAGUGGCCGCUAUAACUUUCGACAUUGAAAAAAGAUUCUUAGGUAAAUUUUGGGUAUUUGUGGUUAUUUUUAUAAAGAUGGAGGAAUACAAAUCCAGCUAA